AUGGGGCACGCCAUCACCGGAGGAGGCUUCUACAACAUUGAGGUGGAACCUCUUCGUGGUGGUCAGACACCGGGGGAGGUGUUUGCAGCGAUCAUCACCUUCAAGGGGAAGCCUUUGUCGGAGGAGCAGCUCUCGGAUGAACUCAAACACCUGGUGGACGAACUGUGGGAUUGGCAAGUCCGCAAGCUGUCGGAAGUGGAGUUCUCCGUGGCCUUCCCGUCGCGUGAGACCUUGAGGCUGAGCACUGGCAGCGGCAAGCUAUAUCUGCCGUUGAGCAAGACUGAGACGGCGAUCCGGGAGGCCUUCCUCGCACCUAGACCCUCGGUGGUUCUUCCAUCCACCUGGGUUAGGCUGACUGGAGUCCCUGAGGACCUCAUGACUAAGGAGAGACUCAUGGCUGCUUUCGUGAUGAUAGGGAGACCUUUUGAUGUGGACGAAUUGUCCUUGCUGAAGAGGGACACGGAGCCAAUAAGGAUGCGUUUCCAUUGCCGCUAUCCAGAGAGGAUCAAGGGAUCGGUCCAAGUGUUCGUUAACGGUGAGGGUUUCACCGUGGGGGUGCAGGCCGAAGCGCCGCCCCAUGGGGGUGCGGGAGGGUCGGGUGGUGGUGCGCCACCGCCUCCGCCUCGUGAGGAGGACGAGGAGGAUUCAGAUGAAUUCUCGACUGACAGCGAGUGGAACAAGCACGGACGGCGGAGGCGGAACAAGGACAACUCCAAUGACAAGGACAAGGGACAAGAGAAAGAUAAGGGCCCGGCGUCGACUACCGCGGGGAAGGGCUCCAAGGGGACGACCACGGGUGGGCAAGGGGCCAUGUCGGCGCCGCCGCCAGGGAAAGGGAGGGUAGAUGGCCCUUCCUCGUUCGACCAAUAUGGGUCCAAUCUGCGGAAGGACACUCUGCCGUUCUCCUUCCCCGCGCUCGAGGGGCAUGGAGGAGGAAAGGUGCUGCUGGGGGCGGAGGGUGACGAGGCUGGGCUGCCGGGACUGGAAGGGUCCUCUGUCUCGACCGUGUCUGACCCGCUUCCCUCCUGGUCAGUGGAUAGCCCAUCUUCCCAGGGCCCACCGGCCAAGCUGGCAAGGCUGGAGCUUGUGUCGGAGCCGCAGCCAAAGGGGAAGGAGCUGGCUGGGGAGGCGCAAGGCAUGGAGGUGGAAGGGAAACUGGUGAUGUCGGAUGUUGAGACGGGUGGGGGGCAGCGACUGCAGGGGCCGGUGCUCCAAGACCUGCAGAAGGAGGCGCAGGUGGGGACGCCGAUGGCUCGUGGGCCGCGCUCCAUGGCCAUCCCCUACGUGCGGAAGGCGACGCCGGCAACCACGUCCGUCGUCCGCAAGAGCGCGCGGAACACCGGCGGAGCGUCGGCUGUGUCGAUCCUGGAGCGGGCGCAACUUCUUACCGCGGACAAGAACCUGGAGAACGCCAAGGAGAACGCCAAGGUCGCCGAGAAAGAGGUGGAGGGUCCUUGUAAGGCCAAGGGACCGAGAGAUGCUGGACGUGCUGAUGGGCGAGCUUAGGGGCCUACAGACGAGACUUCGAGCAGGAGCCUGACACCCGGACGCAGCGGAGGACGAUGCUGCCCUAUCCUCGAUGUUUUCUCUUGUUUAGCCGUAUUGGACCUAGUGUGAUGUAAUUUGGUACUGUAGGGUUCGGAUUUUCGUCUCUGUAUGGGUUAUGGGGCUUGAGGAAGCCGGUGGUUAUAUCAUGUACUUGCUGAACUUCGUGGUUGCCGUAUGGCUUUAUAUAUAAAGCCGGGCCGUAGGGCCUUAUGUUUAAAAAAAACUAACUAUAACUACAGAGCUAACCCCCCCAAAAAAAAACCCUAGAAAUUUGACGGUCAGAUCUAAGGAAAUCCUUCUAAAAAAUGGUUUGAAAAGGAUUUGAAAGGGGGAUUUGACCUUUAAUUUCAACAAUCUGGCCGGAGGAACUGAAGAAUGACGACCUGGUCGUUAUUUGCGCUAACUUCCCGGAGCAAUGAUGGUGGGAGGAUCCCAUCGGCGGGGAUAUGGCCGACUUGGAAUCGGCAGAGCAAAGUUCAAUAUGGGGUGUUAUCGCAGGUUGUUCAAGAUAGUACUACCUAGUAUUGAACUUUGGCAUUGCCUGGUUAUACGGGGUGAGGAAAACUCAUAAUAUCCAACAGCACUCUUAAACAAAUUUUUUAAAAGCCGGGGCUGACGUAGGAAAACCUCAAAUGUAGUCCGGUUUUCUUUUUCUUUUUUUAAACUUCAAAACUUUUGAUUUUAAAAUAUCAGAAAAUUUCGAAAAAAGCAUGUAGACACAGAGGAUGUUGAAAUUCAUGGGUGUGUAAAUUUUCAGAUUGAAAUAUAUCAUAUAUUGCCCUCUGUAAAAAUAACAAAGUCUCACAAAAUAAUAAAAUCUAGAUUGUGGUGUACUGUUCACCAAUGCUGAAAUCAAGAUUUGUUAUUUUUGCUGAGCCCAAAAUACAACAUAUUUCAAUCUAAAAAUUUACACACUUGAAGAUAACAAUAUUAUCUACAUCACAGAAUUUGUUUUGAAUUAUUUUAACAUGUUUGAAAUGAAAUUUUUAUAGGUUCAAAAAAUGGCCUACAUGUUGCCCCAGCUACAAAAGUCCAUUCUCGGCUGACGUCGCAUAACGUUGUCAAAGCUUGAAAACGUUUGUUGAAGCUAAGCUUGAAUUUUAGUACCUAGCAGUGACCGUUCGGGGUACUAGAAGGAACAGAAAAAAAGUUCAAGUUAAGAGUUUGUCCCGAAAUUCUAAGCAAGAACUAAAUCUUCGAUAUUUAUUAUGAAUUUGGAGGAGUGGAAGUUUUAAGACAUCGGUACAAAUGCCCUUUGGUUUAGAUUGAAUAGAUCUUCUGGUAAGCAUCAACAUAGAUGAGGUCUAAAAGGUUUUUCUAAGAUUCUUCGCCCUAUGGGUCUAACAUCCAAUAAAACAAAGCAACAAUGUAGAUGGAAUCGAACAGAAAGAAAUGGAGUCAUUCCUUAGUUUUGGUGGUGACCUUUAUCACUUUGUGCGAAGUAUACUACCUAGAACCACGUGUUCAAGAAUGAAGAGCUCAAACGGAUUUUUGUAUAAAAGAAAUAUAUUAAUAUCAAGAAGAUAUUAAUUGCCAGCAUAAUGUCAAGAACUAGUUGAGACAUCAAGGACACAGACAACCAAAAAGGAAAAAUAAAGAAAAAUAAAAAGGGAUCACGCCACAAAGAUCAAUCACUCGCCAUGGCUCGACCCAAACUAUCAGUACAACACCCAUGACUACAGGAGAGGUUCUACAAAACUAAUGUCUUCAAAAAAGGAACAGUGCACAAGCGUCGUCAUUGCUCAAUCAUAGAUUGUAGGUUUUCACUCAAUAAAAGAUCCGAACUCUCCAAACAAUAUCUUCAACAAGGCCACUGCCAGUUACAAAUAAUUAAGGUAGGACCUUGGAUUUUCACCAUGAAUGUCGAGUCCCGGCACUCAAAGAGCACCACCAAAAGUGAAGUCCCUGAAUGAUUCCUCCGCCACCAAAGCCCUCUGAUGCAAAGUACCAAUCACUAUGAGUUGGCGUUAUGACGAAUAGGAUGUACCAUGGCAGAUGCUUAACCUAGCAAACCUGGGUGGCCCACUUUGGUGGUGAAGACUUCAAGGUAGCCGGACGGCCCAGUUGCUAGAAGAUGGAGGCCCAAGUUGACUAAGGAAAUUCCAAGCCGGAUUCCAGAAGGUUCGAGAAGGAAUACUUGUAGUGUAAGUCAUGGAAUAAUUGCCGAAAUAGACUAGGAUUCCAUAGCGGGUUAGGUGUUUACUGAUACGUCCAAAUCGUAUCUACUUUUCCGAACACUUUUGUUGUUGUUUGCCCUCUAAUUUGCGUGUUUUGACUACAACUAACACGGACUAACGUUGUUUUCAGCAGAAUUGCUCUGAUGUCUCAUUUUUGUGCAUAAAACCAACUUUCAAGAAAAUUCCUAGAAAAUAUCGCAAAGUCUUUAUCUCACCCGAAGACUCACGGAGCCAGAAGACGAGACAGAGAAAGGCCACGAGGGGCCCACACCUGGCCUAGGCACGGGCCAGCCCUGGUCGCGCCUAGGGUUGGUGUGGCCACCUAGGCCACCCCCUCGACCUCUCCUCCGAACUAUAUGAAGCCUCUGACCCUAAAAAACAGAGGGGGGUUCGAUGUUUUUCUAGAAAGAGUUCCGCUGCUCCGCCACCAAAAACCCCAAUCCGGGAACCAGAAACUCCGUUCUGGCACCCUGCCGGGACGGGGAAUUGGAGGAGAUCAUCGCCAUCACCGACGCCUCUCCAUCAACCAUCCAUGAUUCCUCCAUCCAUGUGUGAGUAAUUCCCCGAUGUACGUUGUAGGGGAUGGUAGGGAUCGGAUGAGAUUGUUCAUGUAAUAGCAAUAAGAUUGUUAGGGGCAUAGUGUCUACUAUCCGUUGUUAGUAUUUUUGACAUUGUUGCAACUUUUUA